AUGUCUGAAGUACAUGGAGAUUCAGAGCUCGUCCCAGCGGGCCCUGAGCUAGAUUAUCCGCUUGCUCUGGCGCCGCGACAGGUGACUUUGCGAGAUCGGGUUACAGUCGCAACGUUGGUCCCUUUUGCCUCAGCAGAGGAGGUACCCCGGGCCCUAAUGAAGUACCUCUCUGAUCAAUUCAACAAAGAGAUCGAAAAGGGUGAUACAUAUGCUAUGACUGAAGCCAUUCCAUUAGCUCAAUUUGGACGCUAUUGGUUCUCGAAUUUUGGCGUGGUCAUGCUUACUGGUGAAAUCGAGAGUGCAGAACAAACACAUGCAAUGGACCGUGCAGGAGCCAAUUGGAACAAGAUCUGCCUCGGUGGCUUCCAUAUUCGACCCAACUACCCUGGCCGUAGUAGUCAUGUCUGCAACGGUACAUUUAUUGUCACCGAUGCUGCUCGAAAUAAGGGUGUGGGUAGACUGAUGGGCGAAUCAUAUCUGGAGUGGGCGCCUCGGCUCGGCUACACAUAUGCAGUCUUCAAUUUGGUCUAUGAGUCCAAUGUUGCAUCGUGUCGUCUGUGGGAUUCGCUUGGCUUUAAACGCAUUGGUAGAGUCCCCGGUGGAGGCAGUAUCAAGUCUCAACCUGGAGAAUUCGUCGAUGCAAUCAUCUAUGGAAGAGGCCUCAGUCUGGAUGGGGAGGACUCUGUGUCUCAGGAUCGCUUUGAGAAGAUUCGUUAUUACCUGAAGCACGCCAAGUAUCCCCGUGGUGCGGAUCGAGCUGAGAAGAGUCGACUCCGCAGUGCGGCGACACAUUACAAGCUCCUUGGAGGCGAGGAUGGCGAGCCUGAGAGGCUGAUGCUGAAGGAUAAAGAAGUGGUGUCAGACCCGCAGCAUCAGUAUAAUAUUGCCCAAGACGUUCAUCUCAAACAGCAUGCAGGAAUCAACAAAACCACGGCAGCUAUUGCAACCAAAUAUCACUGGGUCAGAAUCAAAGAAACUGUCAAUCGUGUGAUUCGAGACUGCCCUCAAUGCAAGGAGACUCUCAAGACGCCCCCCAUUCCAGGGAGCAAAGAGGAUGAUCGUUCGCCAUCGGAAACAAUUUCUGGCAUGGACAUGGACAGUACACUGGAACAGCCACAUAAGGAGCCUGUCAACCUUCCGCAGGCGAUGGACGAAGCACCCGAUGAACCUAGCUACAACCCUCUCAUGCACCAACCCCUUCCUGCUGCUGGGCCCGGCACGGUCCAAUCCAUGGCUGGGUUCGCACCUAUGCCUCUUGACCCUCAAAUCAUGCAAAUGCAGCACCAACUACGACGCUACCAGCAACAUAAUGCUAUGGGGCAAUUCGCACCGGUCCCGCACAGUAUUGGCAUGUCAAGCUUUGACGAUGCAAUGCGCUAUCAUACAGCCAGCAACGCUUAUCAAAUGAUGGUCGAUGACGGCUCAGAUCCUUUUCGACAAGACGUCCUUGGGCUUGUGAAUCCACCGCCACACGAGUUACAGCAUGAUGCUGAGUUACUUGCCAAGUUCGAGUACGGAAGUCCAUCGGAUGGGAAUUACGACUUUACGUGA